CCCUGCUCUUAUUCACUAUUACAUCCUCGUUCUCAGUCUUACAUGCGCCGUGCCCUUCGCUAUCCUUUCCAUUUCCUCUUUUUUCUGCCCCCUGCACAAAGAUCCCUUUUAACACCUUAUCUCCUCUGGUUAUAUCGUAUCAUCUCUUAUUGCUCACUUUUCUCCUAGUUCUUGUCAACAAUCCGUCUGACCUGGCCUUGUUGAACAUGGCAUCAUUCGGAAGACGUAAGGCAGCGCCGCCGAAGAUGGGAGUAAUCCAGCUCCUCCGGAAGGAACUCGGAACUUUCGAUGACGAGAACUGUGCCUUGCUACAAUAUCAGCUCGAUCGCCUGCAAAUAUGCUUUACUUUGCUUGGAGAUCCUACACCCGCUGGGUUGUCGGAAGCACAACGAUUCGGGAGGUUGCGGGCGCGGAAGCUUCUGUUUGACAUUCUUCGACGCCUCGGGGAAGAGGCUUUCCUCCUCUGUGCUACAGCGAUAAGUAUCACAAGGUUGGCGAGAAUCUCAGGCAAAACUGUGUUAGAUAUUCGUCGAUGGUGGAAAACCAUCGGUCCUUGCCCAACUGGCCUUGUGAUCAAGGCGAAGGAAGUUUGCAAUGCGGAGUUCAAGAAGAGAUAUACAGCAGGUGAGAUUCAAAACUCGCUUCUCGAUGAAAGAUAAGCUUCAUCGCUAAUACAGAUGAACAGAAAUAUCGAAGCAUGACCCUUCCUCGGCUCAACCACCUCUCACGGUCAUCGAUAUCCAGUUCAACGAACUGCUGGACUUUCUCCAGGGAUGUGACGUGGGUUCGCCGAGGUUGC